GAGACCUAGAUCCAAGCAUCCAUGGCAAAGAUCUCGAACUCUGAGGUCUCUUCCGAUGAAGAUCCUUCGAACGGUUCGAUUUAUUCGGAGGAAGACCAGAAGAAUGAAGACCUAAAUGAUGAGGAAGACGAAGAAGAGCUUGAAGCUGUUGCGAGGACGACUGUUUCUGAUGAAGAGGAAGCAGGUGAGGAGAAUUUACAGUCGACGGACGAUGAUGCAGUCAGGGAUGAUAAGAGCGAUGACGAAGAAGAAGAAGAAGAUGAAGAGGAGGCAGGAAAUUUAGGGAAUGCUGAAAUUGGAAAGCGUGAAAGGGCCAGGUUGAAAGAAAUGCAGAGGUUGAAGAAACAUAAGAUCCAAGAAAUUUUGGAUGCCCAAAAUGCUUCUAUUGAUGCCGACAUGAACAACAAGGGGAAAGGGCGGCUGAAGUAUCUUCUGCAGCAGACGGAGAUAUUUGCUCAUUUUGCCAAAGGCCAGUCCACACCACAGAAGAAGCCAAAGGGAAGGGGUCGGCAUGCAUCUAAAGUAACAGAGGAGGAAGAAGAUGAAGAGUGCCUUAAGGAGGAAGAGGAUCAUCUUUCUGGUGCAGGAAGUACACGAUUGGUUACACAACCUUCUUGUAUUCAAGGGAAGAUGAGGGAUUACCAGUUGGCUGGAUUGAACUGGCUGAUAAGGCUUUAUGAAAAUGGCAUUAAUGGAAUUCUUGCGGAUGAAAUGGGUCUUGGCAAAACACUGCAAACUAUCUCAUUGCUGGGUUAUUUGCACGAGUUCCGAGGAAUAACUGGUCCUCAUAUGGUUGUUGCCCCAAAAUCUACCCUUGGCAAUUGGAUGAAGGAGAUUCGACGUUUUUGUCCAGUUCUGCGUGCUGUGAAAUUUCUUGGAAAUCCAGAUGAAAGGAGGCACAUACGGGAGAAACUACUCGUUGCUGGGCAUUUUGAUGUCUGUGUGACCAGUUUUGAAAUGGCAAUCAAAGAAAAGACAACAUUACGCCGUUUUAGCUGGCGGUAUGUUAUUAUUGAUGAGGCUCAUCGAAUCAAGAAUGAGAACUCACUUCUUUCAAAAACAAUGAGGCUCUACAACACUAAUUACCGACUGCUUAUUACAGGGACUCCUCUUCAGAACAAUCUCCAUGAGCUUUGGUCUCUUCUUAACUUUUUACUCCCUGAGAUAUUUAGCUCUGCUGAAACCUUCGACGAAUGGUUUCAAAUAUCUGGUGAAAAUGACCAGCAGGAGGUGGUACAACAGCUUCACAAGGUCCUUCGCCCUUUCUUGCUAAGAAGGUUGAAGUCUGAUGUUGAGAAAGGUUUGCCUCCUAAAAAGGAAACCAUACUUAAAGUAGGGAUGUCCCAGAUGCAGAAGCAGUAUUAUCGGGCUUUAUUGCAGAAAGAUCUAGAGGUUGUUAAUGCUGGAGGAGAGCGUAAACGUCUUCUGAAUAUAGCAAUGCAGCUGCGUAAAUGUUGUAACCAUCCAUACCUUUUUCAAGGUGCUGAACCUGGCCCUCCUUAUAGUACAGGAGAUCAUCUAAUCACAAAUGCAGGUAAAAUGGUUCUCCUUGAUAAAUUGCUCCCAAAGCUAAAAGAGCGUGACUCUCGCGUUCUGAUAUUCUCUCAGAUGACUAGACUGCUGGACAUUCUGGAAGACUACUUAAUGUUUCGUGGAUAUCUGUACUGUCGAAUUGAUGGGAAUACUGGUGGAGAAGACCGUGAUGCUUCUAUUGAUGCCUUUAACCAGCCUGGAAGUGAAAAGUUCAUCUUCUUACUAUCAACCAGAGCAGGAGGCCUUGGUAUUAAUCUUGCCACGGCAGAUGUUGUCAUUCUUUAUGAUAGUGAUUGGAACCCGCAGGUGGAUUUGCAAGCACAGGACCGUGCUCAUAGGAUUGGUCAAAAGAAAGAAGUUCAAGUGUUCCGGUUUUGUACAGAGUACACGAUAGAGGAGAAAGUGAUUGAAAGGGCAUAUAAGAAGCUUGCACUUGAUGCCUUAGUAAUUCAACAAGGACGGUUAGCAGAACAGAAAACUGUUAAUAAAGAUGAACUAUUGCAAAUGGUGAGGUUUGGUGCUGAAAUGGUUUUCAGUUCCAAAGACAGUACAAUCACAGAUGAGGAUAUUGACAGAAUCAUAGCGAAAGGAGAAGAAGCAACAAGAGAACUUGAUGCCAAAAUGAAGAAAUUUACUGAAGAUGCUAUCAAAUUUAAGAUGGAUGAUACUGCUGAACUGUAUGAUUUUGAUGAUGAAAAGGAUGAGAACAAGCUCGAUUUCAAGAAACUUGUCAGUGAAAACUGGAUUGAGCCUCCAAAGAGGGAGCGGAAGCGCAACUACUCUGAAUCUGAGUACUUCAAGCAAGCAAUGCGCCAAGGAGGGCCAGCAAAACCGAGAGAACCACGCAUUCCUCGCAUGCCUCAACUGCAUGAUUUCCAGUUCUUUAAUACACAGAGACUAAAUGAACUUUAUGAAAAAGAAGUGCGCUACCUGAUGCAAGCAAAUCAGAAAAAUCAGUUGAAAGACACAAUUGGAGAGGGGGAUGAACCUGAAGACAUAGGGGAGCCCUUGACAGCAGAAGAACGAGAAGAGAGAGAGCAGUUGUUAGAAGAGGGCUUUUCAUCAUGGACUAGGAGAGACUUCAACACAUUCAUCCGUGCUUGCGAAAAAUAUGGUCGUAACGACAUAAAAAGUAUUGCUUCUGAAAUGGAGGGCAAAACAGAAGAGGAAGUUGAACGGUAUGCCAAGGUCUUCAAAGAAAGAUACAAGGAGUUAAAUGAUUAUGAUCGUAUCAUCAAGAAUAUUGAAAGGGGGGAAGCCAGAAUCUCUCGGAAGGAUGAGAUCAUGAAAGCAAUUGGGAAGAAGUUGGAUCGCUACAAGAAUCCAUGGUUGGAACUGAAAAUUCAAUAUGGCCAGAACAAAGGGAAGCUGUACAAUGAAGAAUGUGAUCGCUUCAUGCUAUGUAUGGUUCACAAGCUUGGAUAUGGGAAUUGGGAUGAGCUCAAGGCAGCUUUUCGCACAUCGCCAUUGUUUCGCUUUGAUUGGUUUGUAAAAUCGCGCACCACUCAAGAACUUGCAAGACGCUGUGAUACCCUCAUUCGUUUGGUAGAGAGAGAAAAUCAAGAAUUUGAUGAGAGGGAGAGACAAGCAAGGAAAGAUAAGAAGCUUGCGAAGAAUAUGACACCUUCAAAGCGUGCAAUGGCUAGAUUGCCUUCUGAGAGCCCUACUUCAACUUUGAAGAAAAGGAAACAGACAGUGAUGGAUGACUACCUUAGCUCUGGGAGGCGGAGGAAAUGAAAUUUUGUCAUAGUAUGAAUGCCUAUCCACUGUCCACUAUCCAGUAACUAAACUGCAGGAUUACUGUGUAGGCUUUUACCCUUAAAGUCUUUAUGGUUCACUUUCAUGAAUUGACCCGUCUUGGAUUCUUGGGGUAAUUUUUUUGUAGAAUCUUGGUUAUCUUGGGCCAUCCUCUGGGUGGAAGGGGUUGGGGAGGGGGGGGGGGUUAUUAGAAGUUUCUUUCUAGUUUACCAAACGAGCGGUACACAUUUUUUUUAAUGUAUUGCAAGAGACUAGUAAGAAUUUUCUGCCCAACCCUCUAUUUUGCUGCACUGGAGUGAGCUGUACCAAGUAACUA